AUGGUUUGUUAUAAGAAGGGCUUGGCGUUGCUCUGCACGGGGAUAUUGUCAAGUGUACAGGCCGUGUACUUGAAUUUAAAUGACUCGCAAUCUUUGAAUAAUGCCAGUGCGCUUGUCGCUGUCGGUUUGAUGGACUACUACACGGGUACUCAGUAUGGUCAGACGAUUGGUAUGUUUUCAAAUCCGUAUUAUUGGUGGGAAGCCGGUGGUGCAUGGGGGUGCAUGUUGGACUACUGGUACUUCUUGAAUAAUGAUACCUACAACGACCUUAUAUUGCAGGCAUUAGUGUAUCAGUCGGGUGAGAGAAACGAUUACGUGCCGUUAAAUCAGUCCACCACAGAAGGAAAUGAUGACCAAGCUUUUUGGGGGAUCGCUGCAAUCACGGCAGCUGAAAGAAACUUCACAAAUCCGCCUCCCGACGAGCCCCAGUGGUUGUAUUUGGCACAAGCUACCUUUAAUACUAUGGCACUACGUUGGGAUACAGGUACAUGUAACGGUGGGCUUCGUUGGCAGAUUUUUGUUUGGAACUCGGGUUACGACUAUAAGAACUCUGUUUCCAACGGAGCUUUGUUCCAUCUUGCUGCCAGAUUGGCACGUUACACAGGUAACCACACUUAUGUUGAGUGGGCAGAGAGGGUGUAUGAUUGGAUGUUGGGAAUCAAGUUGAUAAGCCCUGGUGAAACGAAAUAUGUUUAUGAUGGUGUAAUGGUGACAGAUAACUGUUCGGGGACACCUGUCAGCUAUCAAUGGACCUAUAAUCAAGGUCUGCUUCUUUCGGGGUGCGCUUAUCUGUAUAAUUAUACAAAGGACGAAACUUGGGGGACAAGAACCUGGCAGUUUUUAAACUCAUCCAACGUUUUUUUCAAUAACAGUGUCCUAUACGAAGCUACAUGUCAAAAUUAUGGCACUUGUAACAAUGAUCAACGUUCCUUUAAGGCAUAUUUCAUAAGAUUUUUGGGCGCUACUGCACAAUUGAUUCCUGAGACGAGAGAUAAAAUCAUGAACUGGAUCAAUACUUCGGCAUUGGCAUCAGCACAGUCAUGUAACGGAGGGUUAGAUGGACACACAUGUGGUUUGGAUUGGUCCCAUGAUGGAUGGGAUGGCUAUUAUGGUCUAGGUGAACAAAUGGCUGCUUUGGAAGCAAUGGUCAACACAAAAUGUCUUGACAAGCCUCCUCCGUAUAACAGUACCAAUGGUGGUACAUCAAACGGUAGUGGUGCUGCUGGUACGGAACAAGGAGCAACAAACUUAUCUCCCCUAAAUAUUACAGCAGGUUCGAAAGCUGGUGCUGCUAUUAUCACAUGCGUGAUAGGUAUCUCCAUUAUCACAGCUGGGGUUUGGUUAAUAAUAUGA